GUACCACCUCAAUAAAUGUUGCCAACCCUCUCUCCCCUCUCCUUUGUUCUCUCAUUGGUAAGGGGCGAUACUUGUGUAUCGGUAUUUGCCAGGCGCCGUUUCUCCAUCUCUCUCCCCCUCCCUCUCUCUCAAUGUCCAAGUUUUCUCUCUCUACGAUGAGGGCUACUACUCCCUGAACACAAUUGUCACACACCCUCUCUCUCUCUCUCUCUCUCAACAAGAAAGGAAAAAAUGUUUGGUCCUGCAAAUCUUCUUCCCCACUGGCUGGAGGUCCUGCUGACUGAGAAAUUCUUCAACGCUUGCAUAAUUCACGAGGAGGCAAAGAAGAACGAGAAGAACGUCUACUGUCUGGACUGUUGCAUCAGCCUCUGCCCUCACUGCCUCAGCCCCCAUACCUCUCACCGACUUUUGCAGAUAAGGAGGUAUGUGUACAACGAUGUCAUAAGGUUGGAUGAUGCUGCCAAGUUAUUCGACUGUUCUUCUAUUCAAUCAUACAUAACCAACAGUGCAAAAGUGGUAUUUUUAAACCAGAGGCCAACAAAGAAUUGCAGAGGCUCCGGCAACGUCUGCAGCACCUGCGACAGAAACCUGCAAGACCCAUAUCUCUUCUGCUCCCUCCACUGCAAGAUUGAUCACGUUAUAAGAACAGAAGGUGGCCUUUCCAAGUAUCUCCGCGAGUGCAAGUUCAUGGCUUUACCUGAAUCCGGUUUAGACGACGGUCUGAUGACACCUGACUCGGUUCUCAAACCGGGUUCAACCCGAACGUCGUCUGGGUCUUAUGGGUGUGGCGAGGUGAGUUGUUUGGCCUUGGCCUGCACUGCCACGACCGAAAUUGUGAGGAAAAAGAGAAGUAACAAGUCCGCAUAUCCGGCUGCUUGUCGACCGGUUUUUUUACCCGUGUCGGAAAUCUCAGCCCGGUUGAUGAACCGGAGGAAGGGGACUCCACACCGGGCGCCACUGUAUUGAGUUUGUGCAUGAAAUUGGACAGCUGAUAGCAUGAGUAAGUAAAAUCAUUUGCAGAGCGAUUUUAGGGGCAUGGAUAUGUAAACCUUUGGGAGGUUGGUAUACACUCUUGUGGCUUGGGGAGGGAGUCUUCUAGACGACCGUCACAAAUUAUUAAAUAGAUGACACUUAAUUAUGGUUAAUUUUUUGGUGCCAUUUUUCUUGUUGAUUGGUGAGGUGAUAACUUUGAAGUAAAAUCUCUCCCAAUUUUGUGGUGGGGCUUGUAUUUCCUCUCUCUGCUGUAUUGAUUAUGUUAAUUUCACACCGUUGGACGUGUCUCUCUUUUGCUUCUUUUUACAGAGUAAUGAUGACUAGUGACACUGUGUUGCAGUGUGUAAUGGUGGAACA